ACGCUUCAUGUGUUAACCGAGAUUUACUCUUUCGGCCGUUUUCGGCUCAUUCCGCUAUUCUCCGUUCCGCUUUCUCUAGUUCUCACGCAGUCCUGUCCUGCUCUGGAAAAUGGCAGUUCGGCAAGUUGAAAAGAUUCGUGCGGAAUGAAAAGGAAAAAGAAAUCAAUCCUGUACUCUGCUGAGGGAGUAGAUGGGAAUUGAAAAACUGAGUCCUGCCGAGUGUUAGGAUCGCACGCGCGAAAGAAAACCGUCAACGCUUUUGCAACGACUUGCCACGGUCAUCACAUUACACUGGGAGGAUCACAUCUUGAGAGGGAAUGUUGAGCAACCUGCUAUAAGACGACACCAGCUGAUUUGGCCAAAUAAAUCUGUGAAGGACUUCAUUCUUUAUUUCUUUUUUUCCGGAGCCUGAAUGAGCAUGCUGCAUUCCCUCUGUUCCAUCAUUUGGUUGAACCGUGGGUUCAAGUUGAGAAAAGUGGCCUGCUCGGCCAACACCGGUCAGGUCUAAGCCGUUGCUACCGCGCAUGCCCGUUUAUGAGCUCCGGUCAGAAGUGCUUAGCUUUUAACCAAACGUCCCACGGUACGACAUCAUUCGCACCCUCGCAAAGUUUCAUCCCCAGUCCGACGCUCUUCUGCCUGGGGUGAUUGUCAGUUCAUACUCUGAAAAUGGCUGCCGAUUGCUUCCAGUAUAGAUCUCUGUACUCCUACUCUAAGGACUGGGAGGAUGACAUUGACCUUGAGCCUGGUGAUAUCCUGACGGUCGACAAAGCGUCUCUGCUGUCACUGGGCAUCAAAGAGGGAGAGGAGGAGCACCCAGAAUGCAUCGGCUGGAUCUUGGGCUUUAACGAGCGAACCAAACAGAGGGGAGACUUUCCAGGGACGUACGUGCAGUAUGUGGGACCUGUGAAAAUGUCAGUACCGUCCUGCCAGCCUCGUUCUCAGAGACCGCUUCCUGCUGUUCCCAGACCUGAGCCAAUAGCCUCCUCGCAGGUUUCUCCAGUCCUGGACUUGACCAAAGAGUUCACACACCUGGAAACCGUUCCUUCUAAUCUUAUUAAGUUGGUUGACGCAAUUGAGCGGACAGGUCUGGACUCUAGGACACUAUACAGGACAGCCGCUGCUUCAGCCUCUGACAGACAGAGCCUCGCUGAGCUGCAGGAGUUGGACGUGGGACAGUGGGACAUUCAUGCCCUCUCGGAGGCUCUCAUUCGGUACCUGCAGGAACUUCCUGCCCCCAUCAUCCCUCCCUCUGUUUAUACAGACCUUCAGGCAGCAGUGCAGCUAGAAUCAGACAUCCCCUCCGCGAGGAGACGAGAGCAGCUGCUGCAGGUGCUGGAGAAGCCUGAAGUUCCACUGCCGAACCUCCUGACGCUGCAUUAUUUGCUCAGACACCUGGAGAAGGUCUGCCAGCACGCGGAGCAGAACGGCCUCGACAUUCACACCCUCGGCCAAGUCUUUGGCCCUCUGCUGAUCAGGGGCCCUGUGAGCGGGUCAGAGGAAGAUGAGGGGUUUCCUGCGGUUGCAGUUGAGAGACUUCUUUUGGAGAGUAUUUGGGAACAAGAGCCGACUCCUCCCGCUCUCCCUCCUAAACCGCCCAAAGCUAAAGCCAUGGCCUCAUCUGUGACCAAUGGAAACAACAGCUUACUGAGUGAAGCCGAAUGGUACUGGGGAGAAAUUUCAAGAGAGGAGGUGAAUGACAAGAUGAGAGACACUCCUGAUGGUACGUUCCUAGUGCGGGACGCAUCAAGCAAAGUGCAGGGAGAGUAUACCUUGACCCUCAGGAAAGGAGGCAAUAACAAACUGAUCAAAAUUUUUCACCGCGGGGGGAAGUAUGGCUUCUCAGAGCCUCUUACUUUUCUCUCUGUGGUGGAGCUCAUCAACCACUACCGGCAUGAGUCACUGGCCCAGUACAACGCCAAGCUGGACACUCGUCUGCUCUUCCCCGUGUCUAAAUAUCAGCAGGAUCAGGUGGUGAAAGAGGACAGUAUCGAGGCGGUAGGAGAGCAGCUGAAGGUUUAUCACGAGCAGUAUCAGGAGAAGAGUCGUGAAUAUGAUGUACUGUAUGAAGAAUACACACGCACAUCACAAGAGCUCCAGAUGAAACGAACAGCCAUAGAGGCCUUUAAUGAGACCAUCAAGAUCUUUGAGGAGCAGUGCGAGACCCAGGAGCGCCUCAGCAGAGAAAACAUUGAGAAGUUUCGCAGAGAAGGCAACGACAAGGAGAUUGAGAGAAUUCAGAGCAACUCUGAGAAGCUGAAAUCCAGAGUGACAGAGAUUCAUGACAGCAAGAGGAAGUUGGAACUGGACUUGAAGCGACAAGCUACAGACAAUCGAGAGAUAGACAAGAGGAUGAACAGCUUGAAACCAGACCUCAUACAGCUGAGGAAGCUACGGGACCAAUACCUUGUAUGGUUGACUCAGAAAGGCACCAAACAAAGGAAGAUCAAUGACUGGCUGGGUAUAAAGAACGAAUCAGAGGACUUCUAUUCUCUGUUGGAUGACGAUGACGAUCAAGCACAUCACGACGAGUGCACCUGGUACGUUGGGGACAUAAAGCGCACACAGGCGGAGGAUCUCCUGAGAGGCAAACGAGACGGCACCUUCCUCAUCAGAGAGAGCCAGACCCAGAAGGGCUCCUUCGCCUGCUCUGUAGUCGUGGAUGGAGAGAUCAAACAUUGUGUGGUUUACAAGACAGCCACCGGUUUUGGAUUUGCUGAGCCCUACAACCUUUACGGUUCCUUGCAAGACUUGGUCCUGCACUACAAACACACCUCUCUGGUCCAGCACAACGACUCACUGAAUGUAACCCUGGCCUACCCGGUCCUCACACAGCAGCCUAGAUGAGCACCGCAACACGAGACGGCCCAGGACACGCAUAUAAAGCAUGAUUAAGCACAUUAUACGGAGCAAACUAUACUAACAACGAACUUUUAUGUUUAUCGUAGAGAACAGAUAAGCACAGUAUAUUAUCGUAAGUAAACGUACGGCUUUUUUGUAAGCCCAUAGUUUUCCGUAUCAAUCAAAGUCAGCUGCAGUAAUUAUGGUGAGAUCACAGCUACUCUGUAUUUGUUGUUCCAACACACGAGAGAGGAAAGUAAGGAGAGGAAAGUGUCACGUGAUUGGUGUUGUAGUCCUGGAUAUUUUCGUUGAGGACACUGGAUGAGGAAUUAAUUGAAAGUUGCAGCUGUUGAUAAUCAAUCUUUUAGCUGUUAUGUCACUGUGUAUUUGUUUGGUAGUUUGCUUCUGCCAACCAUAUAGAUUCCUCUUUAUGUGAGUUGUCCUAUAGAAGAUGUGAAACAAACCUUUUUUUUUUAUAUCAGACGUGGUCGAGGGACACUGAAGUCCUUUUAGCUUCUGUUCUGCCUCUUUAAAGCUAGUCGUCAUGGUCAGAAUAAAUAGCCAUCAACAAUUGAGUGCUUUUCUUUGAGAAGUUACACCACAGAGUUGGAAGUCUGGCAUCUUAAUGGUUUCUGUGGGCUGGUAUUGGUGCUUCCUGGUGCUUUAUUUUUGACUCUUGUAACGUGAGAUUAAUGCAUAGCUAUAGCGAACUGUUAAGAUCCAGAGCAGAACAAAGGUGAUCCCAAAGCAACAACGCGCACAGGAGCUUCCACUCGCUUAGAUAGAUUUAAAGAGGCAUAGCAGGUUAUUCAACAGGCACAAGCAAAAAUGGAAUGGAAAACCCUCUUGUGAUUUUUAAACCAGGAUAUGAUUAUAGAUUUUCGAGGAGAUUAUCAGGUGGAAUAUGUUAUGUUUGUAAUAGGAAAUGAGUUCUAAUGUUUGUUGGGCGUUUUGUAACUGUACACCCCUUAGUGUUUCAUCCUGUGACCUCAGCUUUGCUGUGACCCAUAUAGUCAGAUGAUACACUGUUAUGUACAUCAUACAGUCCGCUGGAUAAAAAAACAUAUAUUUUUAGUGAGUGAUCAAAUGCUUUUUAUCAAGCAAGAACCAGAUAGCAAUUUUAUGUUAGCUUACUAAGAAGCUGUACUUAAAUGAAACAUACUUGGCGAGGAAGUGGUUUAAAAGUGCCUUCUGCCCAUGUGUCAUGGAGGAGCUUUCCUGUGAUUGGGGCAGUACAGAAUGCUUCACUUCCAUAGAUAUAUGUGUGUGUGUGUGUAUAUAUAUAUAUAUAUACACACACACACAUAUACUCCUUAAGCCCUACAACCAAGUUAAGCAACUGCUUAAUUAUGUCAAACGCUUUCAAAGCACAACUACGCAAUUUUUUUUUUUUUUUUUAAUUGGAAAAAAAGGAGGAUCCUCUUAUUAAACGCAUUCUGUUACAUACUUUCAAAUAAAACUCUUUCUAAUUACAGGUCUAUUGUGAGUAUCAAGAUAAGGAAGACUGUAUGAUGAAAGGACCUCUUAUUUGUAGUGUUUAACAUUAGCUUUUAAGCUUUUAAUGAGGUUUGGUCUUAACCAGUAUGCACUUUCAUGAAUGUCAUUUCAUUUGAGGUACCAUUUUAACAACAGGAGUAAUUUCAUUCAUUUUACAAGGUUGUGUAUUUGGGCCUGUUUACACUAAGACAGACAUUCAGUGAGAUAAACAUUUGAAUUUGAUUAAACAGCUGACACAAACAUUUGCAUACUGUCUAUGUGACAGAAUUUUUUUACGGAUAGGUGUUCUUAAGGGAUAGAAAAUGUUCAUUAUUUACUCACUCUCAUGUUGUUUCCAAACAUGUAUGAAUUUCUUUCUUCUGUUGAACUCAAAAGAAUGCAUUUUGAAAAAUCUGCUGGUAGCUGUUGACUUCCAUGGUAUUUUUAUUCAUACUAUGGAAGUCAAUGACUGUCGUUAGCUGUUUUAGUUACUAACAUAUUUUUGAAAUAUCAUCUUUUGUGUUCAACAGAAGAAAGAAACUCAUACAGGAACUUGAGGGUGAGUAAAUGAUGACAGAAUUGUGCUUUUUUUGGUAAAAUGUCCCUUUAUCUCUUAUCUAUCGCACUGCGAAUAAAGCUGGCCAACCAAUAAGAUUCAGGCUUUUUAGUCACAUGCCCAGAGCCACUGCUAUUAAAAACUGAUUUGUUGGCACUUACAGACAAUACAGUGUCUGUAGCACAGCAGGGUUUUUCUUUCUUUUUCAUAAACGCCACCUACUGUCCUGGAGAGAAACUGCAUUUUCAUUCAGCACUAGUGCAGUUUUUUUACACAUUGGUCUAAAUAGACAAAUUGAAUGCAAACAUUGAACUGCAUUUUUGUUCCAAUCAUAAAAAUCAUCUUGGUAUAAACAGACUUUUAUUAAAGCCUCAUUUUAAUACACUGCAUCAGUUUUUUUUUUUUCCUAGAAAGGUAGUCGAUUUAAAAGGCAAGUUGGAAUUAAAACGUUAUUAAAACCUAGAAACUUUAAACUAGCCUGAAUUCUUUGCUUUUGACAUCCUCCUUUUAGAUCGAUUCAUUUUCGUUUAUGAAUCUGCCACAGACAUUAAAAUGAGGCAGGCUUUUGUUUUAUAAGAUUGUUUGUCGGUAUACUCUGGUUUGUUUUGUCAUAUCGAUAGGAUGAAGUUGUUUUGCUAUGAUGGUGUGGAGUGGAGCAAGAACAGAGACACUGGUUAUGAUUCCUUGAAUGUUCUGACUGACUGACGUCGGGUCAUUGAGAGCACAGAGAAUGAGCCAGAUGUGACGAGUUUGUGUGAGAUAAAGCAGUGGAGUAAAGCCUCACAAUGCACUAUACAAGCACAUCUUGAGGUGAUUUAUGCGUGACAAUUAAUGAAGCUUGACAGCCUUUAUGAGCAACCGAAAUAGGUUUAGGUACACAUUUUAGUUACAGGCCUGUAGUGUCAGUGUGUUUUGUUCAUGCCGAAGUGGGUUUGUUCUUUGU